AUGCCCCUAGGAUCAGCCCGUUAUUCAGAGAUGGAGAUGAGCCUGGCGUGUGUCAAAUCGCCCCAUGGUGCGGACACGACAAUAUCACACCACAAAGACGAUCUUGUAAGGGUGCAGAGCCUCUUUUACGCGUGCCGCUACAAGCAGUGCAUUGCGCUUUGCGAACAGCUCCAGAGGUCGGAGCUCCACGGCCUACACCAGGCCUUCCUCUGGUUUUACCAUGCCACCUCUUACGAGUCGAUGGGAUCGAUUGCACACAACUUUUCGAGCAAUAAACUUCAAUUUCUGGAUUCCGCAAGGGAGAGCUUCAGUCUGGCUCUGAAAUGUCUUCCUUUGCCAUAUGUCUCAACGGAAGGAGGAGCCUACGAGCAACCGGAGGAGUCUCCUGUCACGGUUGGUUUUGGCUCUCCGUCCAUCAACGGAGCACCGCUAGCUGGUAGAAAAGAUAUACCCGCUGCUGGCUGUGUCACAGAGAUAUCACCUUCCAUUUCGUCGAGCAGCUUCUAUUCGUCGGAAAGCGCCCACUCAGAAGGAGGAUCUAUUGCUGACAGGAAUGAAUCAUCGCGGCAAAAGCACACAUGUCAAGGAAUGUCGGUACCAGACGUCCCCGUCAGUACAAAAGAAGAAACUUCCAAAUGUAACCCAAUGAAACACUCGGCAACUCCAGCUAUCUCAGGUGCGGACGAGUCUCGACUCUGGCGCAGUCCCAGCUCCACGCAAGUGCUCCAAGACGAUCUGAUACCAUCGCCUUUGUUCAGCCGGAAUGCAAAACGCCCUUGCAUGGGGGUUCCUGACAGUAAUGCCGAUACUCGACCACUGCCGCCUUUGCCAUUCAAUCACAAAGCCGGUUUCAAAGUCCAAGGCACCCGCAUCGUUCAAAACCCGCUGAUGCGCAGGACCGCAGUCCAGACCCUCAUCGCACGGUUUGAAGGAACCCUGCCCUUGCCUCCAUCGUCUCCAUUAUUAGCGACACGUUCUCCCUUGCGAGAGCAGGUCUACGGACUCGAGACUCCUGCCGCAUCCCCUGGUGUCACAUCUCCACGAUUUAGAAUGAUCCGCGACGCGUUCAGUCCGGACCCGCAGAAUGAACACCUCGAAGCGUACCUCAACACCUGCACCUCGAGCGCGCUGGCGCGAUACAACGCGCAUCUAGCGGACUUUCGUGCUCAGCUGAGAAAGCACAUUGCUUAUGUAGAUGGAGAAAUUGGUCGUGUGCAGAAAAUCCAAGGCGAGAGAAGUGCCGCUAGAGCAUUGGGGCCGAAGCAGCGGUUUGCGAGCUUCUGGUCUUUCGAGGUCGCUUCUCCUUGUUCGAAGUCGAAGUCAGCACCGAGACCCGCAUGUGAUGUGAGCCGAAAUGCUGACCUUGCGGGAGAGGACGACAACUGCUGCUCUCCUUGGGGAAAUGGUUCUCGAGACCGAUUCAAGGAGAAGAUCGACGAGCUGAGACGGCAAGGCUGGAAAGUGUGCAAGGAAAGACACGGCUUCAAAGGCGAGGAGUUCUACAAGGACCUGAGAAGACGCGUCGAAGUGGAACUGGAGGGUGGCCAUUGA